CCAGAGCCUCGAACCGUCAACAUGGUGAGCUGCAAGGCGUUCUGUCAUCGUCUCCAAGCGUGCAAGAUGUACCCUGUCACGUCUGCAACUCGACAGCGCCUCAUCUCGAGGUUGCGCUCGCGUGCACGCUUGUAGACGAGCAGUGGCUACAAUGCUAUCGGGAGCAGAAGCUAACGCCAAGAUGUGCCGCGCAGGAUUCAAGUAAGACACCAGUCAAGCUGGCAAAGGUCACCAAAGUUCUAGGCCGAACGGGAUCGCGAGGCGGUGUCACCCAGGUCAGAGUCGAGUUCAUGGACGACCAGUCUCGUUCGAUCAUCAGGAACGUCAAGGGACCCGUCCGAGAUAACGAUAUCCUCGCUCUGCUCGAGUCUGAACGUGAAGCCAGGCAAGUGAUCUCAGCUAUAGAACGCCUCCGUCUGGCUGACCCGAGCAUCUGCAGGCGGCUGCGUUGAGUGCUGUGACAUCUGCUAGACGACUGCGCCGGGAUGGUCAGCUUUCGAGAUGGGAAGCCCACGAGGACCUUCAG